AUGGCUCGAACGCGAACUGGGUUUAUCCAACGACGAGGACCCACAAUCGUACGACAACCUCGCAGCGGUACCACUGGUCGGCCUGUUGACUUAAAUGCUGCGAUAGCUAUGGCCUUGAGACAUGGACUACUUGUGAUCGAUCCCCGUCAAAAUCGAGUGGAUGAGCGGGAGCCCAAUAUGUCACCUCAGGAUGAAUACUCUACGGACCAUUUCCACCAACACGAACCACCUCAACAUCAAGACUCACCCCUUCCAGACGAUUUCAUCACCCAGUAUGCCAUGAGAAGAGAUCGACUUUCGAAUGCCUGGAAAUCAAUCGAAAAAUCCAUCACAGCGGCCUUCUUUGUUUGCCAGUACCACACUAAAAACUGGACUGCUUCAACAACUUACCUGGAACCGUUAGAAGAAUGUGACUGUCCUAAUACCCGAAAGCGAUCGGUUGAUUUGAUACAUACACAUGACCGAUUUCAUCGUCAAGAAAUUGAAUUUUGCUCUUGCAUUCCCGACGCCAUUCGCUUGAUCCACCUUGGAUACAUCCCUGCUUCUCCCACAACACCCCGCACCGCUUUUGCUAUCCCGCUUGUUCAGCUCUACCAGCAUUUAUGGAACGAGUCCGCAAUUCCUUACACCUCAUUUAUCAGUGGCAUCAUGUACCAUCAAGAUACCCGAUCAAGGGAAAGCAUGUAUGCUCGAAGCCGAAACCAGAAUCCACGUGAAUUGCGAAUUCCCUUCUCACAAGCAAUGGACAUGUACGGUAGGAUCCAAACACUUCACAAAGAUCUGAUUACAGUCUCUCUUGGCCUGAAAACUCAGGAUCAUUGGGCAGCAAAGUGCCCUGCAUGUUUUGGGCCUGAAUCACCGGAUGAAGAGAGUUCAACUGGGAUUGGUGAAGCAUAUGCCAUAGUCGCCAUGGAUGGUAACUUUCAACACCGGCACCACAAGUUUGCAAGUAACGAUGUCCCCACUGAAGCCGAUUACCCUUCUAACUUUAUCCCACCUUCCGAAAUCAACACUCACGAGGCUCAAUGCCAAUCAACUGACCAAGUUACUUCAUGCUCAGAUGCCCACAAGGCCGCAAAUGAUGUACGAAAUUCUGCAUCCUGGGACAAGUUUGACGAUACUGGUCUAUUUGGUAGCUGCUGUCGACAUGAUAUCCCUCUCAAGCUCAACAAUAUACAGCAUGGUGGUGAGAAGCUCUACUACCCUGUUAGUAUAAUUGACAAUAUCCUGAAGGCCUUCCCUACCAAAAAGUUUGGGUUACUCUAUGAUAUUGGUUGCCACCUGGAUGCACAUGUAAAAAAGCGUGAUCUGUUGGGAAAUGACCUUGAUCGAGUUUAUUUUGGUACAUCUGUGUUCCAUGCGUAUGUACACAACUGGGACUGCCAAAUAAAGUACAAUCCAAGGUAUAACUCCAACUGGGGCCUGUCAGAUGGGGAAGGCAUGGAGCGUCUUUGGUCACAAUUAUCUGAUAUGGUGGGACCCCUAAGGAAUGCAACUCGCAUUCACCGUCUGCAAGCCAUUGGAAGACAGUGUGACUAUUAUAAUGAGAAGCUAAAACUUUCCCUUUGUGAGUGGAUGAAUCGACGUCUCGAUCAAGCACACAAUUCAAUAAUCGAGUGUACCACCAAACUUAAUAGCAUCUGCAACCAAAGCAACCCAUUUUCUGAAGGGGGUGAGAAUUACACUCAGGAUUUUUUUCAGCAGCAGUGGGUUCUUGAGCGUGCAUAUUAUCAAAACCGAAACAACGAAAAAGCACAGCAGAAAUUGGAACUGGGACGUUUGCUCACUUUAGAAGAAGACCUGAAUACUGCUUGGGACAUUCUUCCCCUAACCCCUGAGGAUGCACUGGCACGAGUUACAACAAUCAGUGAUAUUCAGGCUCAAAUCGAGCAGCAGCGACAACGGGUUGGGGCUAAUCAAGUUCUUGAAGGGGUCAGCCGUGCCCAUGAGGCUUUAUUCUUGAAGGUCUGGUGGGCAAAAACUGAUCUGAGGCGCAAAUACCUGGCCCUCCUUGAGGAGAAGAGGCCUCUGGAUGCAGUACGCAUGGGUACUGCUUCAAAGCUAGGAACUGAUGGGAAAGAAAAACUUAUAAAUUCAAUUCGCAAGAAAACAUUGGCCCUUCAAACUGUUGUCAACACUUACAACCGGAAUCUGUCUGCUUUCCAUACUGCUUUUCCCAACCGUCCUAUCCUGCAGGAAGUAGUUUAUGAUACAAUACUCCAAAUGGAACCUGACAAUAUAUUCUGGAUUGAUGGAGUUUUCACUAAUCACAAUGAGCCAUGGGCCAUUGAUCCAGACACUCAAGACGGUAUGAGACUUGUUGCCCGCCAACAGAGAGCACAUGAGGAGACUUGUCGAAUUGGCCGAGAGAUGCGACGGUUGAUACGUUGGGCAGUCAUAGAGCACCAACGGAUUAUUCCACUUAUGUUUGGACUAGCCUCACAGUCUGAAUUGGUGAACACUCGACUUCAGCCAGCGUUAACACACUCUAUGUUACAAACCCUGUCAACUGAGGAUCAAUUAGAUUUCAUGAAAGCAAUUCUACACAACCACUUCAUCACUCUAUCCACCCUGCAGCUUGUUUGGAAUAAAAACGUAGAACACAUCCUUUUCAACACAGGACCUUACGAGAACGACGGUGAACUAUUCCGAUGUUGGAACGAACAGGUACUUCGCUUGUCCUUUUUGAAACAAACUGGUAACUUAUCUAAGGUUUCCGGGGACUUUGACAACGCCAUUGGUAACAACUUGGACAACAUUGAUGAAUCAGUAAUGCGGGAUUUCCUGGCCCAAGACUUCGAAAUUACCGCUCCUGAAAACACCGACGUCGACGAGGACCCCAACAUGAACUUGCUCAACCUCCCUGGAAAUAUACCUGGUGACUCUAAUAAUGGUCUGAAUAUGAUGGAUCAUUUUGAGGGCGCGCUAGAGGCAGAUGAACUCAAUCAAAUGUUUGGAAGUAACCUUCACAUCAACUAA